CCACCCGAAAUUUGGGUGCUCGGAGGUGAUGCUGAGCCGUGCACCCCUCUGGCAGACCGCUCUUGGGGCGCCCACCCUGCAGCAGAGCUGAUGCUUUAGCACCCAUAGGUGCUGCAUGGUGGAAGGAGAUUCUUCGUACCGCAACGCUGCAGCAGAGCCGAUGCUUUGGCACCCAUGGGUGCUGCAUGGUUGGGAAUGAGGUCUCCUUGCACUGCAACACCGCUGAUGCUUUGGCACCCACGGGUGCUUCGCGCUGGCAACGAGUCUCCUUGCACCACAACGGAGCCGACGCUUUGGCACCCACGGGUGCCGCGCGGCGCUGAUCCCCAUCACCUUAUGCUCCCGCAGGUGAGGACGAUGGCGAGCCCCGAGGACGACCUGAUCGGCAUCCCCUUCCCCGAGCACAGCAGCGAGCUGCUGAGCAGCCUGAACGAGCAGCGGCAGCUGGGGGUGCUGUGCGACGUCACCAUCAAGACGCAGGGCUUGGAGUACCGCACGCACCGCGCCGUGCUGGCCGCCUGCAGCCGCUACUUCAAGAAGCUGUUUGCGGGGCCGGGGCCGGGCCAGGAGGUUUGCGAGUUGGACUUCGUGGGGCCGGAAGCUUUGGGAGCUCUGCUGGAGUUCGCCUACACCGCCACGCUGACCAUCAGCAGCUCCAACAUGGGCGAGGUGCUGCAGGCGGCCCAGCUGCUGGAGAUCCCCUGCGUCAUCGCCGCCUGCGCCGACAUCCUGCAGUGCCACGGCUUGGAACCCCCCCAUAGGAACGACAAGCUGAAGAUCCACAUGCGCAAACACACGGGCGAACGGCCCUAUUCGUGCCAGCACUGCAGCGCCCGCUUCCUGCACAGCUACGACCUGAAGAACCACAUGCACCUGCACACGGGCGCGCGGCCCUACGAGUGCUACCUCUGCCACAAAGCCUUCGCCAAGGACGACCACCUGCAGCGGCACCUCAAGGGCCAGAACUGCCUGGAGGUUCGCACCCGACGCCGGCGCCGCGAAGACCCCCCUCCCCCGACCCCCGACGCUCCGCCCGGCAUCGACCUCUCCAACGGGCGCUUGGAGGGGCUGCGCCUCUCCCUUGCUCGUUACUGGGGGCCGGC